AUGUCCUUCAAAAUUAAGCAAGUAAGCUCAAAGCUAGUAGGACCAAUGUACAAUUGUCAUGAACCAAAACCUGUUCCUGACUUUGUUCCGCUUUCUGUCUUUGACAAGUUAGUAGAAGAUGAAGACAAUCAUGAAGCGAUCAUAUAUGUGUACAAACCACCGAACCCAUCAAAUACAUUAUUAGAGCAAGGUCUCCGUAAGGCUUUAGUCGAAUACCCAGAAAUGGCUGGCAGGUUUUCUACAAAGGAUAUUUGUGAUGAACGUGUAAUACUACUAAAUGACAAAGGUAUGAGAUUCAUUGAAGCAACCGCUGAUUGCACUCUCGAUGAGGUUAUUCCAUUCAAGCCAGCUACCUUGUCGAGUUUCAACCCAAAUGAAAGAGGACUAGAUGAAUUGCCCCUUGUUCAGCUUACUAGAUUCACUUGUGAUUCACUGGUUAUAUUCUUUUCCAGCAGCCAUACGGUGGCUGAUGGAGCAUCUGCAAGUCAAUUCGUUGUUGCAUGGAGCCAAGCUUGUCGAGGUUUACAGAUUCCUCCACGCCCUUUGUACAACCGGAACAUAUUUGUUCCACGAGAUACGCCUAUAGUCGCUUACGACCACAAAAACAUUGAAGUUGCAAAGAGGGUGAUCAAUCAUAAUGAGCUAAUGGAUCAACUACUUCCUUUCUCGGCAGAUGAUGUGGUCUAUCAUAAAGCACAUUUCACGCCCGAAUUUAUUGCGAAGCUUAAGAAUAAGGCUAAUUCUCCAAUUCCGGAUAUGGACAAUGGUGAACAAAGGCCUUAUUCGACUUUUGAGAGCUUGGUAGCUCAUCUUUGGAGAACCAUGGCUAGGGUCCGAGGUCUUGCAGAUCUUCAGACAACCGAAAUGAAGAUUUCCGUGAACGGACGAAGUAGGUUGAAACCUUGUGUUCCAGAUGAGUACUUCGGGAAUUUGGUUCUUGCAGCAUUUCCUCAAUCUCGAGUAAAAGAACUUUUGGAUAAUUCUUUGAGCCACGCCGCAGAGGUAAUUCAUCAAGCUAUAGUGAAGUUGAACUCGGAUUACUUCAAAUCUUUUAUAGACUUUGCAAACAGUGACAUGCAGAAUGAGGAUUUAAUAUUAGAUGAAGCGAACUGGAAAGUUCCAACUUUGUGGCCGAAUUUGGAGGUCGAUAGUUGGCUUGGGUUUCCAUUCAACACGGUGGAUUUCGGUUUUGGAAAGCCUUACAUUUUCAUGCCAUUAUUUGGAGCUUGGGAGGGUGUGGUAUAUUUACUUCCUUCGUUUGAUGGUGAUGGAAGAAGCAUAGAUAUCUACAUAACUUUGUUUCAGCAACAUUUGGAUAUGUUCCAAGAAAUUUGUUUCUGCAUAGACUAA